GGAAGCGAGAGGAAAAUAGAAUAAAAACGCAUCAGCUGACGUCACACUCAGCUCGACAGGAAUUAUCACGGGUGUGAUCGAUAAGAUUGAUCCGGAAGGCGAAACAACAGCGAUCCGGGAAUCCGAAGUCGAGGGCUAGCGCAACGAUUCGAACAGUGACACGUGCGACGGAUCUGGAGGAGUGAGAGACGUUGAAAUAAAAUAAAUAUGUAUUUAUAAGACUAGAUUUUUUCACGUGUGUGCCGAUUAUUCAGCAUCGCAUUGACGCUUCUUCGGCGAAUCUAUGAGGAACAAAGACUCUAAGAGAGCUAUUACAUAGCCUUAUUUCUCGCCCGGCGCUUAACAAUUACACAUAUUAACCUCCACCAAUCAAGCAAUUAACCGAAACAACUCGUCGCGAAUCGUCAAAUCGAUCGACAAAUAGCACUACCAGCGCUCAGUGGACGGACGACAAAGCGAGUGAGUGAGGAACAGAAAGAGAAAAUAACAAUAACAAAAUUGAAAUAAAAAACGCCAACCGUGAUCGCUAAAGAGUGGGAAAAAAAACUAAAAGGCCCCAAACAAGAAGAGAGAUUUAUUCAUCGACGUGACUUGACGCUGUGCCCAACAGGUGACGCGUGCAGUGUGCGUGUGUGUGUGACGCCGCCCCUCGUGUGCAGCCAUGGCGACCCGAGAGAUUAACAUCCGGAUACCCAUACCCAACUUCAGCGCCAUCUGUUGCUGGACGGCGGAGAAGACAGAAUCCAUGGCGGCCAUUAGGAAAAAGCUAGUAAUUGUAGGUGAUGGUGCCUGUGGUAAAACAUGUCUCCUCAUAGUAUUCUCCAAAGACCAGUUCCCUGAGGUCUACGUGCCCACAGUAUUUGAGAAUUAUGUAGCAGAUAUUGAAGUUGAUGGAAAACAGGUUGAACUAGCGUUAUGGGACACAGCAGGUCAGGAGGACUAUGACAGAUUGAGGCCACUGUCCUACCCCGACACAGAUGUCAUACUCAUGUGUUUCUCUAUUGAUUCCCCGGACUCGUUAGAAAAUAUUCCAGAAAAAUGGACGCCUGAAGUUAAACACUUCUGUCCAAAUGUUCCUAUUAUCCUUGUUGGAAACAAAAAGGAUCUAAGGAAUGAUGCUCCAACUAUUAAAGAACUAUUGAAAAUGAAGCAGGAGCCGGUAAAGCCUGAAGAAGGUCGUAACAUGGCUGAGAAGAUAAAUGCAUUUGCUUAUCUGGAGUGCUCUGCCAAGACCAAGGAGGGUGUGCGGGAAGUCUUCGAGACAGCAACAAGGGCUGCCUUAGCUGUCAAGAAGAAGAAGAAGCCUAAGUGUACCCUUUUGUAAAGAGUGAUGUUAUUGAGAUGAGAAUGGGAUGAACAAUGCAGUCUGCCCGAGUGCUACCAGGAGGCCAAUAAUCAUACUGGCUCCUUUCCCUUCACCUCCAAGAUUUUUGCUGUAUCUGUUAAUCCUGGGGCCCAUUGUUACCGGAUGAAGUGUAAACUUUAAGUUCCCAGCUCUUUGAAAGAAAAGUGUUUAUGUAGUUUGCCUCCACUUCACAAGUGAAUAUACUAUAGUUACAUGUGGGCUAUACAUACUAAUAGAAUGUGGUGGAGGGGAAGUGGACUGAGGUAAUGGGGAUCAUAACUGCAGACAGGAAUUUCUUUAUGCCAGUGAUGCUAGAGCCCAGCAUAAUGUUUCUUAGUAUUGACUGGGGAGAUGAUUUUGUCCAACUUCCGACGAAGUUGUAGUUCUAGAUAAGUUGAAUAUGGAUUUAUGCUAUGUCAUUUAACCUUGUAGCUCUAUUCUGGAAGGAAAAUCCUUUUGGUUUUACAUAAGUAUCAAAGAGGAAGAGAGGGAAUUGACUAUUUUCAUGUUAAAGUCUGCAUUGUUUGAUUGUUACAAUGUCAGGUGCCCCUUUCUGGGAACAUUUAUAUUUCAGAGGUGGCUUUAAAGCCAGGAUGUUCUUGCUUUUGAGACUAGUAGAUGUUGCCAUGAGCAGAUAUAGUAUAUAUUCUUUAUUCAAAGUAAAGCAUUUGUAUGAUGUAAUGGCUCUGGUUUUGGGCAGGGGCCAGCAAACCUUGACUGCGUUGGACUAAUAAAAUCAUGUCCGAAGGAUAAUACUUUUCAUUGCUAUUGUAUAAUUAUUAUUAUUUGUUAAUAUUAUAAGUUGUUCUUGUAUUCCUAUGUUCCAAUACGUUCAUGUUUUAUUUGCUGUAGUCAAAAAUCCUAUCUGAAAUAUUGCAAUUAUUAGUUUGACACAUGCCUUUUCUCUGUCUAUCUUUUCAUGACUGCAUUACUGAACAUUUUGCUGACUGUACUGUGACCAAGACCAAAUGCCAGUUGUUUUAUGGUUCAUUUGGUAACUAGACUGUUGUAUCUGCAAGUCACAUGGAGUGCAGCAUUUAGACCAGACAACUGCGCAAUUCAUAUAGCAAGAAAGCAAACCACCUUUUUGUCACAUGUAGUUAGAUUUUCUACUUGAAUUUAUUUUAAAUUAAAUAAACUGCUUUCUGUCCGAACAUCUUCCAGUAAAAUGUCAGUUAUUGACCAUUAUUAGAUAAAGUAAACCACUCUCCAAGUCAUAGCAACUUCAGUGUUUCAUAUUCUAAGUGUGAUUUUUUAUAUUGAUUUGUAUGUAUGUACGUACAACUGCUUAAUACAAGUUCUUUAGGAACUUGAAGCUUGAGAGUAUGUACCAGCUCUGAGAGGAACUCUGCUUGGGGGAGUGUCUUCAAGCCACUGAGAAUCCUUGUAAAUCUUGUCUUGUCUUUUAUUUGACGACCCUGAAUCAAGCAUUUAGAAAUUAAUAUUUCAUAAUUAUAUUGAAAUGUAAGGUUCCCUUUCCUAUAAUUUUUUAUUAUUUUUUAAAAUUUCUUUUAGUUUUUCCAUUUUUAUUUUAUAUUUUUACCAAGUGCAAGUACAGGUAUGGUCUUUUUCCUCCCCCCCUGAAGGUUGCUUGUUUCUCAAUUGGGAGAAUAUAUAGGAACUUGAAUGGUCAUUUUUCUCAGUGGCUUCCAGAAGCUCAACCGUAUAUUGCAAAGUGUUAGCUGAACUGCUUUUCAUGUGUAUUUGAGCUAAAGUAUCUUUAAAAAAGGACUAUGUAAGUUUUUUGUGGAAUAGCUCGUACAUUAAACGUACAGCAUUGCACAUCAUGUUCAGUUUACCCUUUUGUAAUAAAUAUGUAUCCUUUUA